GUGAGUUCAAGGGGUGACUCUGGAGACUCAAGCAGUUCAAUUGCAGAUGAGGAUAGGGCCGAUCCAUCAAUGUCUACAUACGAUGUCAAUACACACCAGGUGGAAAAGAGCAUCAGCUAUGUGGGUCGUGAGGCUUCUGCGACACUUAUUGAGUUGGAUUUGGGCCGCACUUUCCCAGCAUUAGACUUCUUCCGUGUGGGAGGCCCGUUUCACGAAACUCUCCGUAUAAUCCUGGAGACCUAUGUCUCGUAUAGACCAGACAUUGGAUACGUCCAAGGAAUGUCUUUCAUCGCGUCUGUGCUACUGCUGUAUGUCGGCGAGUUAGAUGCCUUCAUAUGCUUUGCAAAUAUUCUCAACCGGCCAGUCCUGAUGACCUUCUUCCGUAUGGAGAUGAGUGGG